AUGGCAGAGAAGUUAAGGCUGAGAGAACAAGAAGAAGAGGAAGAGGAAGAUUUCAAUAUGUUUAAGGGAGAGGAAAUGGAUUACGGAGGUAGUAAUGAUGACGAAGAGGACGAGGACGAAGAAGAUUCUGAUGGUAGGAGAUCGUCAAAUAAUUUAAGAUUUUAUCCCUACACAAAUCAUAAGCUGACCCGAAGCGUUGGAACUCUAAACCUUUCGUUGAGUAGUAACCUGUCUACACCUCAUCAUAAUAAACAAUUGGGUGAUAUAAGGGAGGAGGAUCCAAAUGAAAGAAGUGUUAAUGAAUACAUCAAUCGAUGGUCGCCAUUUGACGAUUAUAGUCCAAGUACACCUGUAACAUUAAAAAGAACGGCUUCAAAAAGUGAACUUUCGCCAUUUGUUAAUGAUCCUGAUAUCUUGAAGCGAUGGAAAUAUAAAGUUUCGAAUUCUAGACUGAAUAAAAGUUCUCUGAGCCCCCCACAAAUACAACAACGAGAUACAGAGAAUGUACCGCCAUCGGGUAGACUAGACCCAUCGGCAUUUAAUGCACCGACUGGAUUGGUGUCAAAAACGAGUAGAUCUUCUUCCACGUAUCCACAGAAAUUAUCCAUUCCUGAUACUCCUGUGAAAAAAUCACCGAUGUUAGAAGAAUCAAGGUUAUCAAAUACAAUGGAUGAUUCUCCAAGAUUUAAUGUUACUCACGAAACUUCACUUUUCCAACAAUCACCAUCUUUAAAGACAAUCCCUCAAAUUUCUGUUGAUAAUUCACCCUUGAGUGCCGGUAACUACAAUGGUAAUCCGAUUCUUGAUAAUGACGAUGAUAAUAAUAAUAAUAAUCAUAGUCGUAAUCAUGAUGUCAGUAUUAACAGACUAUCGAAAAUACGAUAUCCGCCCCAUUUCCACGUUAAUCGAUAUAAAAAGAUUAAAAAAUCGAGAAAUUCAAUUGUUCUGAAAAAUAGUGAAUUGACCAACAGUUUACAACAAUUCACGGACGAUCUUUAUGGGACUGAUAAUGGUAACUAUCAAGAUCAAAAUGGGGACGUUAUGUUUUUAUCAAAUUUACCGCCACCAAGUAUUGGUGACCCGCGUACAUUUUAUGAGGGGGGCAGCAGCACUGAUACGACACCAACGAGAAGAAAAUCGAUGUUAGGAGCCCAAAACAAACAACAUUUACCAUCAAUUCGGGUACCAUCUUCAGAUAAUAGAUUAGAAUUCGCCGCGCAUAAUGGAUCAGCAGAAUCUUCACCUUUACAACAUCGAAAGCAUGCAACCCUGAAUCCAGAUAGUCAUCUUUUUGAAAAGUUUAAAAACGUUUGCACAUUAGGUGAAGGUCAAUUUUCCAAAGUUUAUCAAGUAACAUUUGCUCAAAACAAUCGAAAAUAUGCGGUUAAGGCGAUUCAACCCAAUAAAUAUAAUACCGUGAAACGAAUAUUACAAGAAGUUAAAAUACUCGAUGAGAUAAGUAAGACGAAUUUGGACCAAGAGGGUAAGGAAUAUGUGAUAGACUUUAUUAGUUCAUGGAAGUAUCAAAAUGCGUUUUAUGUGAUGACUGAAUACUGUGAAAAUGGGAAUUUGGAUGGUUUUUUACAAGAGCAUAUUAUUGCCAAAAAUACAAGACUAGAAGAUUGGAGAAUUUGGAAAAUUAUUGUCGAAAUAAGUCUCGCUCUGAGGUUCGUCCACGAAUCUUGUCACAUCGUCCAUCUAGACCUUAAGCCAGUAAACGUUAUGGUUACUUUUGAAGGUAAUUUAAAAUUAGGAGAUUUUGGUAUGGCUACUCAUUUGCCUUUAGAAGAUGUUGCAUUUGAAAAUGAAGGUGAUAGAGAAUACAUUGCUCCAGAAAUUAUUUCCGAUUGCAUUUACGAUUUCAAAGCCGAUAUUUUUUCGCUGGGCCUUAUGAUCGUUGAAAUUGCCGCUAACGUUGUAUUGCCUGAUAACGGUAACGCUUGGCACAAAUUACGUUCAGGAGAUCUCUCAGAUGCCGGUAGAUUAAGCUCUACAGAUAUUCAUUCUGAAUCACUUUUUUCUGAUAGUUCGAAGGUGGAUACGAACAUUACAAGUAUAUCGGAUUAUCAGCAUAACACCGGUAAGCACGGCAAUGCUCUAAGAAGCAAUAGAUCAAUUAUACCAGCGUGGGUACCUAAAUUUCUCAUCGAUGGUGAAUCUUUAGAACGUAUGGUAAAAUGGAUGAUUGACCCAAAUCACACAAGAAGACCAAGUGCGGAUGAUGUCUUACACACAGAGGAAUGCAUUUACGUGGAGAUGACUCGUAAGGCAGGUGCCAUAAUUCAAGAAGACGAUUACGGUCCUAAACCUGAUUUUUUCACCAGUUAG